GAAGAAGAAACUCCGGAAGUAACGUUUCCAAACAGAUUCCCGUUGGAGUAAAAAAAAAAAAAUACAGUGCGGCAGAAUUUCCAAUAAAACUCAUUUAAUUUUGGACUAGCCGUUUCUUUCUAGGACAAUGGGUACUAGAGAUGACGAGUACGACUAUUUGUUCAAAGUGGUCCUCAUCGGCGACUCGGGCGUGGGGAAGAGUAACCUCCUGUCCCGCUUCACCCGCAAUGAGUUCAACCUGGAGAGUAAGAGCACCAUCGGGGUGGAGUUCGCCACGCGCAGCAUCCAGGUCGACGGCAAGACGGUGAAGGCUCAGAUCUGGGACACGGCCGGACAGGAGCGCUACCGAGCCAUCACGUCAGCGUACUACCGGGGGGCCGUGGGGGCGCUCCUGGUCUAUGACAUUGCCAAACAUCUAACCUAUGAGAACGUGGAGCGCUGGCUGAAGGAGCUGAGGGACCACGCCGACAGUAACAUCGUCAUCAUGUUGGUGGGAAACAAGAGCGACCUGCGCCACCUCCGGGCCGUCCCCACCGACGAGGCCCGAGCCUUCGCUGAGAAGAACGGUUUAUCUUUCCUGGAGACAUCGGCUCUGGACUCCACCAACGUUGAGACGGCCUUCCAGACCAUCCUGACAGAGAUUUACCGCAUCGUGUCCCAGAAGCAGAUGUCGGAGCGCCAGGAGAGCGACAUGUCGCCUAGCAACAACGUGGUCAACAUCCAGGUGCAGCCCACCGAGAACAAACCAAAGAUGCAGUGCUGUCAGAACAUCUAGCCGGGGAGGGGGGGCCACGGAUCUGCUGCUAGCCCUCCUCACCCCCUCCCUCUCUCCUCCUCCCCCCUCCCUCCCCCUCCCUCCUCUCUCCCCCCUCCCUCAGAGAAUAGACUGCCUCAGUUGGGUGUGGGAGGGACGAGCCACAGCUCCCAGGCUGGGACCUGAACUCUGCACCUACCUGUACCCGCCCCCCUUCCUCCCUUCCUCCCCUCUCCCCCUCCCCCCCCUCCUCUCUCCCCCUCCCCCCCUCCCGAGGUAAAUAUACCCCAGUAUAAGAUGAAGUGUGGGGCGCCCCCCUCCCUCCCCAAAGCGAAGCAGGACAGCAGGCCUUUCAUAUCACGUUAGAGUUCCUUCCUGUAGAAGCGCUGACAUCACAGAAAUGUCUUAAAAUCUGAAUGUGAUUAGUUUCCUGUCUCCAUGUUGAUUCCUCCUCCACCACCUCCUCCUCCACCUCCACCUCCACCUCCUCCACCUCCUCCACCUCCCUCCGUCUGCUCCUUGGUAUAAAGACCUUAAAGCACAUCAGUGUGUUUCCUCUCUACUCUUCAUCGUUUUAGCCCCUCCCUCUUUCUUCUAGUGCAAUGUACUGUUUGUUUGGAAGCGGACGCCAGCGUCGCGUCGUCUGAUUGGCUGCGAAUGCGGCGUCAGGCUAGCUUAGCAUGUCUGUAGGCCGUAGGGAACACUAGCGCCGCCCGGAGGACGAGUCGUUUCACGCUGACACGUUUAUUCUGAGAAGGACUGAAGACGCAUCGGUCCCCCAGGCUCCUCCUCCCCCAGGCUCCUCCUCCCCCAGGCUCCUCCCCCUCCUCCUCUUGCUCCUCCUGCUCCUCCUCCUCCUCCUCCUAACAUGCAUCCAUCCUAUAACACAUUCGACUAUGCACAAACUGGCUGUUUAACCCCCCGUCCCCCCAUAGUAGAUGGCAGAAGUAGCCGAGGUCGUGCUCCUUUGAUUCCUAAUGAUAUGAACUAAUCUGCUUUGCAUGGAACCACUGACGUGUAGUUUUAAUUUUUUAAUUUCGUGAACUAAUCUGAAUCUUGCACUGAAUCUUUUAUCUUUUAACAACCAAACACGAGGCUCAAUCUCUAACGUCUAAUCUCUAUCGGUCGAGGGCCUCAGUGCCUCCUCCUCCUCCUCCAUCCCUCGCUAACCUCCUCCUCCUCCUCCUCCUCCAUCCCUCGCUAACCUCCUCCUCCUCCUCCUCCUCCUCCUCCUGAAGCGACGUCCGUCACGUCGAGCCUACGCUCACCGAGCUGCCUCUGACUUCUACACAAUGCAUGGCUUCAGCGUUGUUUCGCCUUACGUAGCUCACAGCGUCAUUACUGCUCCAUGAGCCCUGCGUGGUCGGGCUGGGAGCUCCUCCCCGGGCUCCUCCCCGGGCUCCUCCCCGGCCUCCUCCGCGGCCCGGUGCCGGUGGUGCCGGUGGUGCUGGUGGAGCCGGUGGUGGAGCUGCUGGUGCUGGUGGUGUUGGACGUGUCCAGCUCUGGGGCCGAAGUGAUUCCUUUCUUCUGAGAAUACGAUUUCUGAUCCUGUCUCAUGUACCUCCAUCGUUUUCUCAUCGUCUUCUUGUGUGGUUUUAUUUUAUUUUGUUGUUUUUUUAUUAAAGAACUGUGUUUUGAUUUUUGAUUAUUAUUAUGUUUUUUUUUACUAUAUUGAAUUCUAUAACUGACUAUAAUUCCAAUGUAAACGCGUUAAGAGUGAAAUGAGGUCAUUUCAGUGAAGCUCGGAGGGUUAAAUGUGAGAGGGGGGUCAUAAUGAACGGUUUUAUGUUUGUACAGAUUGAUAAAUUGUACAAUUGUGUCUAUAUCUUAAGUUAUCGGUUCAUCUUAAUAAAGCGCACCAGUCAUAUCUUGGA